AUGGAACUCAUGUUCGCAGAGUGGGAGGACGGGGAGAGGUUUUCAUUUGAAGACUCUGAUCGCUUUGAAGAAGACUCUCUUUGUUCCUUCAUCUCUGAGGCAGAAAGCCUUUGCCAGAACUGGAGAGGAUGGAGGAAGCAAUCGGCUGGACCCAAUUCUCCCACUGGCAGUGGACCAGGACUGGGUGCAGGGGGCAGCUCCUUGAGAGAUGGGCUGGUGAUCCCAUUGGUGGAACUAUCUGCAAAACAGGUUGCAUUUCACAUUCCAUUCGAGGUGGUGGAGAAAGUUUAUCCUCCAGUACCUGAGCAACUGCAGCUUCGAAUCGCCUUCUGGAGUUUCCCAGAAAAUGAGGAAGAUAUCAGAUUGUACUCUUGUUUGGCGAAUGGCAGUGCGGAUGAGUUCCAGCGAGGGGAGCAGCUGUUCCGGGUGAGGGCUGUCAAAGACCCUCUCCAGAUAGGUUUCCACCUGAGUGCCACUGUGGUACCCCCACAGAUGGUGCCACCUAAAGGUGCGUACAACGUGGCGGUGAUGUUUGACCGAUGCAGGAUCACGUCAUGCAGCUGUACCUGCGGAGCUGGGGCCAAGUGGUGUGCUCAUGUCGUGGCGCUCUGCCUCUUCCGGAUACACAAUGCAUCUGCGGUAUGUUUACGAGCACCUGUGUCCGAGUCCUUGUCUCGGCUACAAAGAGACCAAUUGCAAAAAUUUGCUCAGUACCUAAUCAGUGAACUUCCACAACAGAUUCUUCCAACAGCUCAGCGCUUGCUGGAUGAGCUGUUAUCUUCUCAGUCUACUGCCAUCAACACCGUUUGUGGAGCCCCAGAUCCCACUGCUGGACCCUCUGCAUCAGAUCAAAGCACCUGGUACUUAGAUGAAUCUACUCUGAGUGACAACAUAAAGAAAACCCUUCAUAAAUUCUGUGGACCCUCUCCUGUUGUUUUCAGUGAUGUGAAUUCAAUGUAUCUCUCUUCCACGGAGCCACCAGCUGCUGCUGAGUGGGCCUGUCUCCUGCGUCCCUUGCGAGGAAGAGAGCCUGAAGGAAUCUGGAAUCUGCUUUCCAUUGUGCGGGAGAUGUUUAAGAGACGGGAUAGCAAUGCAGCUCCUUUGCUGGAGAUUCUGACUGACCAGUGUCUCAACUAUGAGCAGAUAACCGGCUGGUGGUACAGUGUGCGUACAUCUGCAUCACACAGCAGCGCUAGCGGGCACACAGGACGCAGCAAUGGCCAGUCAGAAGUAGCUGCUCAUGCUUGUGCAAGUAUGUGUGAUGAAAUGGUGGUUCUUUGGAGGCUGGCUGUCCUUGACCCGACUAUUAGUCCACAGAGGCGCAGGGACCUUUGCUCACAGCUCAGGCAGUGGCAGCUGAAAGUCAUAGACAAUGUUAAGAGAGGUCAGCACAAGAAAUCACUGGAGAAGCUCUUCCAGGGCUUCAAGCCAGCUGUGGAAGCCUGUUACUUCAACUGGGAGGAAGCUUAUCCCAUUCCUGGUAUCACAUAUAGCAGCACUGACAAGAAGAACUCAUUUUGUUGGGUAAAGGCCAUACAGCAGAGGAGCUGCCGGUUGCAGUGUGCAGAAACUGCCUGUGAGGCUGGUAGAACACAUGGACAGGAACCUGGGGGACUAUGUCUGCAGCCUGGGGACAGGCUGCGUCCCUCUCCCCAGGAGCCUGCAGUUCGUCCAAAGGAACUUACUGGGAAGCGGAAAGUCGUCUCUGAAACGCCGCAGAGGGUUCUGAGACGACUUUCAGCAGAAGGUGAUAAAGCUGUAUAUAAGACUGCAGUGGGCAAAGCAAAGUUGCCAGUGAGCAAAGGCUUGACCAGUAAACAUAGUGGGAAACGCCGUAUGAGCAGUGAAGACAGUUCUCUGGAGCCAGACUUGGCGGAGAUGAGCCUGGAUGACAGCAGCUUGGCUCUGGGGGCAGAAGCCAGCAACACAUUUAGUUUUACAGAAAGCCCACUGAGCAGGAGCUACAGGGACACCUUCGAGGAGGAUGGUGGGGUGUACUUCUCUGAGGGACCUGAGCCGAGUGUCAGGAGCAGUUCCAUGGCCAAGAAAUCACCCAAGGAUCCUGUGGGAGAAAUGGGUAGUGGUGAUGACGACCUGCCUUCCGCAGAUGAGAACAGUGGUGGUGUGAGCCUGAAGCCAGAGGAAAUGGGAGAGAAUGGUGCAGUGGGGGGUGGGGAUGAUGGAGAAGAGGAAGACGAUUACCAGGUAUACUAUUUGAAUCCACAAGAGGUAGCCAAGGAAGAUGAUGACAAAGCUGAAGGGGGAAAUGAAGAGGAGCAGGAUAUAUUUGCUGGUAUAAAGCCUCUGGAGCAGGAGAACCGGAUGGAGAUCCUGUUUGCCUGCGCAGAGGCCCUGUAUGCACAUGGAUACAGUAAUGAAGCAUGCCGCUUAACCGUAGAGCUCGCCAGGGACCUACUGGCCAACCCUCCAGAUCUCAAAGUGGAGCAGCCACCAACUAAGGGCAAAAAGAACAAGGUGUCAACCAGCAAGCAGACAUGGAUGGCAACCAACACCUUGUCUAAAGCUGCUUUCUUGCUGACUGUGUUGAGUGAGCGGCUGGAGUACCACAACCUGGCCUUCCAAAUAGGAAUGUUUGCUCUAGAGCUGCAGAGACCACCUGCGUCUACAAAGGCUCUGGAGGUGAAGCUGGCAUAUCAGGAGUCUGAGAUUGUAGCACUCUUGAAGAAGAUUCCCUUGGGCACUAAUGAGAUGAACACUAUUCGAGGAAGAGCUGAAGAACUGCGAGAGGGGACACUAUGCGAUUACCGUCCUGUCCUGCCUCUGAUGUUGGCUAGCUUUAUAUUUGAUGUCCUGUGCACUCCAGUGGUUUCUCCUACAGGCUCUAGACCCCCAAGCCGUAAUUGGAAUAAUGAAAUGCCUGGAGACGAAGAGCUUGGUUUUGAGGCAGCUGUUGCUGCUCUUGGCAUGAAAACAACUGUCAGUGAAGCAGAACAUCCUCUGUUGUGUGAAGGCACCCGAAGGGAGAAAGGGGAUCUGGCACUAGCCCUGAUGAUCACUUACAAGGAUGAUCAGUCUAAGCUGAAGAAGAUAUUAGACAAACUCCUGGACAGAGAGAGUCAAACUCACAAACCACAGACUCUGAGUUCCUUCUACUCAUCCAGCAAGCCUACAGUAGCAAAUCAAAAAUCUCCUUCCAAACAUGCUGCCCAGUCCACUGCAGCUAUCCAGCAGCUUCCAGGGACUUCUGUUACUCAGCAAGCUGCUGUAAGCACUGCAGUCCAGAGCAGUCCUGAGAACUUUGUGGAGAAGAGUGCACAGGAGAGCUCUCAGAGGUCCCCCUGUGAGCCACCUGCAGAGGCCACUGUUUUGAAACAAGAGGGAAAGGUCCCCAGUCGUCUGGCCCUUGGCAACCGAGGUGGAUACAAUGGGAGAUGCUGGGGUUCGCCUGUCAGGCAGAAGAAGAAACACACAGGCAUGGCUAGUAUUGACAGCAGUGCUCCCGAAACCACCUCUGACAGUUCUCCAACGCUCAGUCGGCGUCCGCUACGUGGAGGAUGGGCAACAACUUCCUGGGGCAGAGGACAAGACAGUGACAGCAUCAGCAGUUCUUCAAGUGAUUCACUGGGAUCUUCCUCUUCCAGUGGCAGUAGGAGAGCCAGUGGGGGAGCCCGUGCAAAGACUGUGGAAGUUGGCAGGUAUAAAGGGAGGCGGCUGGAGAGCCAUGCUCCUCAUGUCCCAAACCAGCCCUCAGAGGCAGCUGCUCACUUCUACUUUGAAUUGGCCAAGACAGUCCUUAUCAAAGCAGGUGGAAACAGCAGUACCUCUAUCUUCACCCACCCUUCCUCCAGUGGUGGGCACCAGGGACCACACCGCAACCUUCACCUCUGCGCCUUCGAGAUUGGGCUGUAUGCGCUAGGGCUGCACAACUUUGUGUCUCCCAACUGGCUCUCUCGAACUUACUCCUCCCAUGUCUCUUGGAUCACAGGACAGGCCAUGGAGAUUGGUAGUGCAGCCUUGAACAUCUUGGUAGAGUGUUGGGACGGACAUCUGACUCCCCCAGAGGUGGCAUCAUUGGCAGACAGAGCUUCACGGGCCAGAGACUCCAACAUGGUGAGGGCAGCUGCUGAACUGGCACUCAGCUGCCUGCCCCAUGCCCAUGCCCUGAAUCCAAAUGAGAUCCAGAGGGCUCUGGUGCAGUGUAAGGAACAGGACAAUCUGAUGCUGGAAAAGGCCUGUAUGGCAGUAGAAGAGGCAGCCAAAGGAGGUGGUGUCUACCCAGAAGUCCUUUUUGAAGUAGCUCACCAGUGGUACUGGCUUUAUGAACAGACUGUUGGUGGGACCCCAGCACAGAGAGAAGGUGCCACUGGCUGCAGUGCCAGUGGUGCAAGGGCUGCCUCGGAAGCAGCGCGUGGGUUGGCAGACAACCGGGUGACCUCUGAGCCGACCACUGUAACAGGGGCAGCUGCAGUAACCGCAGCAGCAACAGUCAUGCCGGUGAUCUCUGUGGGGUCAACCAUGUACCAGCAGCACACAAUGGCAGGGCCAGCAAUGGCACAUACACACACGCAGGGUCUCCACCCUUACACCACCCUUCAGACUCACAUCCCCUGUAAUCCCCAGUAUAUUGGACACACUAUCCAGCACAUGCCGCGCCCAGCUGUCUUCCCGGUCCCUGGCUCAGCAUAUCCGCAGGGUGUCCAUCCAGCAUUCAUAGGAGCGCAGUACCCUUAUUCAGUAACAACACCAUCAUUGGCAGCUACAGCAGUGUCGUUCCCUGGUGUGCCCGUCCCAUCCAUGACGCAGAUUGCAGUGCAUCCCUAUCACAGUGAGACAGGGCUGUCACUGUCUUCCAACGUAGCGAGUAAGUGGUACAGCUCUGGGCUGCUAGGAAGUGUCCAUGCAGGAUCAACGUUCCCAGCGAUUCAGGGGGCUUCCUUGACAACUCUGUCCUCACAGCCCAACUCCCUUGUUACAGGGGGUUUUCCUGCCGAGGAUGAGCAGCACAGUCAGCCUGUGAGCCCCCAGGGUCUGCACUAUCUCCACUCUGCAUACCGAGUUGGGAUGCUGGCUCUGGAGAUGCUUGGCCGAAGAGCUCACAACGACCAUCCCAACAACUUCUCCCGCAGCCCACCCUACACAGAGGAUGUAAAAUGGCUCCUUGGGUUAGCUGCAAAGUUAGGUGUAAACUAUGUGCAUCAGUUCUGCGUUGGUGCAGCCAAGGGGGUGCUGAGCCCUUUUGUGCUACAGGAGAUCAUCAUGGAAGCUCUACAGAGGCUCAACCCUGCCCAUGUGCACAACCACCUGCGCACCCCAGCCUUCCACCAGCUGGUGCAGAGGUGCCAGCAGGCUUACAUGCAGUACAUCCAUCAUCGGCUGAUCCAUCUCACUCCAGCUGACUACGAUGACUUUGUGAAUGCCAUCCGCAGCGCCAGAAGCGCCUUCUGCCUGACUCCCAUGGGCAUGAUGCAGUUUAAUGAUGUUCUCCAGAACCUAAAGCGCAGCAAGCAGACAAAGGAGCUGUGGCAAAGGGUCUCUCUGGAAAUGACCACCUUCUCGCCGUGACAGCAGGUGGAGCUCCACGGACACACAACCUUUUGCCCCAUGUAGUUGUAGUUCCAUUUACACCAUCCUUCCUUCUGGUGUCUUUUUUAUUUUAGUUUUAACUUGUUGGAAACCACUGAUCUGAUGUAUUUAUACCAUGACAUUCCUCUCCAGCACUGUUGCGUGUUGGCGCUCUGCUUUGCUCGCUCUUCCUCCUCCUUCUCAGUGGGCUGCAGGCUCCAGAAGCAUCAGAAAACGAGAAGGAAGUUGGCUGCCCUGUGGUGUAGUCACUGCUUUUUUCCCUGAGCCCUUGGAGGCUGUCCUGCGAGCAGUUUGCAGUGUGAUUACGCACGUGUUAGAGAGGUGGGGGAUUCUGUCUUAAAUAUUUAUUUUGGCAUUUAUAAAUAUGUAAACUUUUUUUUGUAUGGGCUUCUCUUACACCACACACCAUCUCCUGUUGGGAGAGGCUGGGACUGCUGUGCACAGCCAGUGCUCCCUCCAUUCCUUUCAGCACCUCCUGUUGAGAGAAGCUGAGGCUGGAGUAGCAGGGCCAGGGCCACCUCUGCGGCUUUCUGCAGCAGCUGCUGAGGGCAGAGGCUGGAGCUUGGGCAGUCAAGAGUCCAUGACUGCGCUGAGCUGCCUGGUGACUUCCAGAAGCGCUUGGGCUCUUUCUCAGGAG